AUGACUCUGACGAGUUCGAAUUCUGAGCAGCCACAGUUCAUUACAAGCACUAGAAACCGAAGCUUCUCAAAUGCCCGGCUGAUUGAGAACACACAUACAGAUCAAAUUGUUGUUCCUGAUUAUAUUAUCAUUGUUUAUGCCAUUUACUGUGAACUAUGGCCGCAAGUACAGAAUGGAAAGUGA